AUGCGUGAGUUAAUGAGCAGUAGCGAAGAACUGAAAGCUUGUAUUCAUCCAUUAAAUUUGUAUCUAAUGAUUGUUGGACCAUCUGGUGCUGGCAAGUCGAACAUUGUUAACAAAAUUAAAGAUGCUGCUACAAAAAUCGAAAAGUUAUUUCCCGAAGAAUAUUGUAAACCUGUCCAAUUAGGUGCUGACAUUACUGACGAAAUGUCCGUUGUUACAACCUUAACCGGUCACGGCCUUCGUAAACAUCUGGCUAGUCAAAGUUUAUUUCUUAUCAAUGACGAACCGGACGUUAUUUUUGACGGUUUUGGCGUUUACGAUAUUGGAAAUUCAUCAAAAGUGGCCGAAAACGUUCUUCUGUUAAAAGCAUACGACGGUAUUAAAGAUGAAUCGCGUUCAACUGCUAGUACCAAGGUGAAAAUAGCCUCAGCCAAGUUGUCAAUGUUAGCGGGCGUCGUUGGAACAAAAUAUCAAGUGUUAAUAUUAAUUGAUUAUGUUCAGAAUAUAAUGAUGUCUAUUACUCGUCCAACUUGUCGUGGUAAACUAUUUCAUCUACAAUAUAUUCCACAUAAACCAUUAUUAAGUCGACAUUAUGAAGCUAUUGAAUUAAAACUUAUAUUUCCACAUUUUCGUUUUAAAUAUUUGACAUCGUAUGCACGUCAAACGGGUGGACAAAUUGAUUGUGAGAAAUUUGAAUUUAUUUCGUAUCACGAAUUAAAUUUGAUUUCAUAUCAAGAUGGACUUAUAAGACGACCAAAAGUGAAUUGGAAUACGAAAAUGAUGAAUGUAAAUUUAAAACAAGCAAAAAUGUGGUUAGUCAAUGGUUCAGGUAAUAGUGAGUCGCCGAUAAGUUCAUCAGAUAACUCGAAUAAUUCUAUGUCAACUUCAAUACUUAAAGAUGAGGCGACAACGGCCAAAACAAACGAUUCAUCAAUGACCAAACCAACUCAUUCUAUUUUGAUUGAUGAAUUGAAAGCUAUUUAUGCUGCAAAAGAAGGCAUUGAAUGUGUAAAAGAAAAUUUUGUGAUGCUAAUACGUGUAAGUGCAUUAAAAUCAUCGGAAUUUCGGACCGCGGCGAAAGUCCGGGACAAUUCAAGGGUCGAAAUUCAGGCCUCCUACAUUUUCCGUGAUGCGAUUUGGUGUUUAAGAGCAACUUAG